CGAGUUUUUAUUACUUACUCUCCACGAGGAUUUGUUUUGAAAGUGAAAUUAGUUAAAUUAAAAAGAAAUACACAGCGGUAGCUGGUAAAUCUUAUGCAAAAUGACGGAACUGGAAGAUGAUUUGGUUGGAUUCUCAUCGAUUCCUGGCAACGAUGAAGCUAAAGGCGAGAAGAAGGAUAAGAAGAACAAGAAAAGUGGUUUUCUCUCGAUGGGAUUGAGCGAGAAAACAUUAAAAGCUAUUCAUAAACGCGGAUAUAAAAUUCCGACAGCAAUUCAACGUAAAACAAUCCCAAUCAUUAUGGAAAACAGAGAUGUAGUGGCUAUGGCAAAAACUGGAUCAGGAAAAACUGCCUGCUUCUUAAUUCCAUUAUUUGAGAAGCUAAAGCAACGAUCUUCAAAAUCAGCUGGUGCUCGAGCAUUAGUCUUAACGCCAACAAGAGAAUUAGCUAUUCAAACUUUCAAGUUUAUGAAGGAUUUAGGCAAAUUUCACGAUUUAAAGACAGUCUUAGUGCUUGGUGGUGACAGUAUGGAUUCACAGUUCUCAGCCAUUCAUGAUAAUCCAGAUGUGAUUGUAGCCACACCCGGUCGAUUCCUUCACAUUUGUAUGGAAAUGGAUUUAAAGCUUCAUGCUAUCGAGUAUGUUGUGUUUGAUGAGAGUGAUCGUCUAUUUGAAAUGGGUUUCAGUCAACAAAUUAAUGAAACCAUUAGAAGACUCCCUGAUUCAAGACAAACAGUCAUGUUUAGUGCAACAUUGCCUAGUUGUUUAGUAGAUUUUGCAAAAGCCGGUCUUACAGAUCCAGUUUUAGUUCGUCUGGAUGUUGAUACAAAAAUCCCUGAAGCAUUGGAACUAAGAUUCAUAUUUUCACGAUCAGACGAAAGAUAUGCAAGUCUUUUAGUGCUCAUGAAGCAUUUUAUUCCAUCAAAUGCACAGACAAUCAUAUUUGCAGCCACACAGCAUCAUGUCGAAUUAAUUUCAUUAAUUUUAACAAAAGCAAAUAUUACAAACACUUAUGUUUAUUCAAAUCUUGAUCCAUCAGCUCGUAAAAUCAACACUGCAAAGUUUGCACACAAUAAAGUUAAUGUACUCGUUGUCACUGAUAUCGCUGCUAGAGGAAUCGACCUUCCGUGUCUAGAUUAUGUGAUAAACUUUCAUUAUCCAGGCAAGCCAAAAUUAUUCAUCCAUAGAAUCGGACGUUGUGCACGUGCUGGACGAACAGGAAAAGCUUAUUCGAUAUUUUCAACAGAAGAUGAAGCUCAUGUCCUUGACACACAUCUCUUCCUUAAUCGUCCAUUAGACAUUCAAAAUAAUAAAUGCAUUGGAGUUUGCGAUCCAGCCUUAAUUGAAGAGGAACAGCAGUUUGUAUUGACACACAUUCAGGACUCGGACAUAGCUAAUAUUUACAGAGUUAGUAAUAAUGCAUAUAAAGCUUAUAUUCAGACAAGACCAACAGCAUCAGUUGAUUCAAAUAAAAAAAUAAAGCAUGUCAAGUUCAAUACACUUCAAGUUUUAGAAGAAUUUCAAGGAAAAGAUGGAUUAGUCACCGACACAUCCGCAAAUGAGUUUAAAGCUAAUCUUUUGGAUCAAAUGAAGAAAUAUAAAGCUAGAUCAACAAUAUUUGAACUCAAUCCAAAGUUGAAUGACAAACAGUUCCUAGUAAUGCGCGAUAAGAGAAAAGUUCAUGAAAAUAAGAUCCAGAAGUUCCGUGAAAAGGAAGAAGAGACAGAAAAAGAUUAUUUAGUCCUUCAAAGAGACGAGGACGAUGACAGUUUUGACGAUGAUGAUGAAGAUGGCAAGCCACGCAAUAAGAAACGUAAAAAAGGCAAAUCUAAAUCAAAAAAUGCUAUAAAUGCACUCGGAUUGAGCGAGAAUCGUGAUAAAGAAUAUUUCAUUCCUUAUCAGCCAAAAGAUAAAAUCACAGAAGAUGGAUUUGCUGUAAAUUCAUUUACUCGUGAUGCACAGCAAGCAGAAUUUAGCGUUACAGCUGACUCAGCUGAGGGACAACGAUUAAGUAGAACAUUACAGAAGUGGGAUCGUAAAAAAAAGAAGAUGGUUAAUGUAGUUGAUCCAAGAGCUGGUAAAAUCAGGACAGAACAUGGUGUUUGGAUUCCUGCAUCAUAUAAAACUGAUAGAUACGCAAAAUGGAAAGAGCGAACAAAGAUGGAAGAUCGAAUGGACAAUGAUGCUGGAAGUGACGAGGAAGUUCUUAAACCACAAAUCAGAAGCCAUCCACACACAAGUUGGGGACGUCAUAAUGCUAAAGUAGAGAUGAAGAAACGAUUAGAUCCAGAAAUAAAGACACGUGAUCAGUUAUUCAAGCAAAGAAUGAAGAAACAAAAGCUUCAGGCACGUGAAACGUCAUCGAAGAUGAAAAAUGAUGCAAAAAGGAAGCGUGCAGCUCACAAAAAUGCUGCCAAGGCAAAAGGAAAAGGGAAGAAGUAAAUCUGACUUUAUAUUGGAUAGGCAUUGUGAGGUAUAAUUUUAAGUAAUUGAUCUUACAGAAAGAAAAAUUUGUAAUUAUUACCUAAAUAAGAAAUGAAAUAAAAAUAAAGUUGUUGAAAUUUUAAAAAAAAGGGC